AUGUUCAAGUUGAGACCGGUUGCAAGGUUUUUGGUAUUCAGAACUACAUCAGUGUCUAGGGGAUUUACUAGAGGAUUUACUUAUAGUAAGGUUCAGUAUAAUGAGUUCGCAAAAUUAGAUAAUGCUAAUGAGCAUGCGAAUCAAGUAAAGAAGGUUGCAGAUGAGGUAAAAAUUGAAAAUAAAACAGAGUCCAUUUCAACGCAGGAUUUAGCGGAGGAUGGGCCAGCCACAUUUGAUGGUUUGGCUAAGACUGGGCAUGUCCACAAAGAUAUCUUAAAGGCCAUUAAAUUGGCUAAGUUUACGACAUUAACUCCAGUGCAAGAAAAAUCUCUUGUCCCGAUUUUGGAAGAAAACGGAGUUGUCUGUCGUGCUAAGACAGGAACUGGUAAGACAUUAGCAUUUGUUAUACCCACUUUGCAAUGUGCGCUUGAAAAUUACGAUGCCACGAGAGGUGCAAGAGGCAAAGUACAUGCUUUGGUAAUUGCUCCAACCAGAGAUUUAGCUUUGCAAAUUGAAUCUGAAUAUAAGAAGAUUAUCCAAAAUAUGCCUAAUCAAGCUAAGAAUAAGAUUCAUAUGGAGGUGCACAUGGGAGGCCGUAAAACCAGAACAGGUAACGUUGCUCCAGCAAUUGUUAUCGCCACUCCAGGAAGAUUAAAUGAUAACUUAAGACACUCAAGGUUUGCUAACAUGUUCACUGAUUUGAAAUAUAGAGUUUAUGAUGAAGCUGAUAGACUUUUAGAUGAAGGUUUUUCUGUCACUUUAGACGAUAUUGACGAUCAAUUAAAACAAGCUCGUAGUAUGGCCACAAAUCCUAGCGCUUCAUUUAAGUCAGUUUUAUUUAGUGCUACUGUUGAUAAAUCCGUUUCCAAAUUUGCUAAGUCAGUAAUGGGAGAGGAUUAUAAAUUUAUUAAUUGUGUUGACGAAAACGAACCAGAAGCACAUGAAAACAUUGAACAAACAUUGGUUAAAACUAAUAAUAUUGGUGAAUCUUUCAAUGGGGCAUUAGCAUACAUCAUUAAUAAUAUGAACAAUGCAGGUUUCAAGGCAAUGGUAUUCUUACCAACUGUAACCGCUACCGAUUGGUUUUAUUCAAUGUUGAUGAACGCUAAAGACAAGGAAAUGUAUGAUACUCAACAAACGAGAAAGUAUGGCUCGAAGCUUUUACGUUUGCAUGGAAAAAUGAGUCAAGCUGCAAGAGAUAGAACCGUUAGGGAUUAUCGUAGACUUUCUCAUGGUAUUUUGGUUUGCACGGAUGUUGCAGCAAGAGGUUUAGAUUUUAGCGAUGUGAGUGAUGUUGUCCAAAUGGGACCUAGUUCUGAAGUUGCGGAUUAUAUUCAUAAGAUCGGUAGAACUGCAAGAGCAGGUGCAUCCGGUAGAUCUAUAUUAUUUUUAUCCAGUCUGGAAAAGAAUUAUAGUAAAGCAUUACAGUCUAAGAGAGGUGUUAAAUUUGAACACGAAAUACAAUAUGAAACUGCCGAAGAAGAUAAAAAGCUAGUCAAAGAAAUUGGUGCUGAUGUGGAGAAUGUAGAAAGUUUUAUUCCUACUUUCUUAGGCUUUUAUAAGCAAGUUGGAUCUGCUUAUAAAAUCGCACAACAUGAUUCAUUAUCACAAAUUAUUGAUUAUUAUAGAUUUUUAAUCAAUGAUCCUGAAGCUAAGCUUUCAGUUGGAAAAGGAUUCUUGAGAAACGUUAUAAGCGUUCCUCCUCGUGAGGCUAGUCUCUACUUUGAUGUUCCAGGUGGAUUUAACUUCAGUGCGACAAAUAAUCGUUCUUCAAAGAGAACUUUUAUGGAUACUUCUGGUGAUAAAAGAAAGAAUUUCAAGAGAGGCGGAUUUAACAAGAAUUACGAUGAUCACGGAAGUAGAGGUUACUCUGAUAAAGGCAAUUAUAGCAGACAAAGUUUUGGUACUUCAAGAAAUACUAGAAAUGAUUACUCAAAGAAUAACUCUAGGGAUUUUAAAAAGACCAAUAACAAGCGCGAUAAUAGAUGGAGCAGUGGAAAUGAUGAAGGUGGGUGGUAA